AUGGGCAGCGUGGUCGAGGAUGCUCUCGUUACAGAGGCAGACAUCACAGAUGAUGUGCCUACCAGCUCGCGUCAGCUGAGCUCUUGGCUGCGGCGCACGCGGCAAAACAAGAUCCGGAAGGUGGUUCGUGAAGUUUACCUGAGGGACGACAUCGUUCCGGAGCCCUUCGAGGGAGCAGAUCAGGUGCUGGUUCUGGACACCAACAUCGUAUUGCAUCAGAUCGAUCUCAUCGCUGAGGAUGAGUGUGUGAACCAUGUGGUGGUUCCAUACACCGUUCUGCAGGAGGUCAGGCACAGAAACAUGGGAAUCUAUGCCCGACUUCGAGCUCUGUGUCGCGUCGAGACAGGUGAUGCGAAGCAAGACCAAGCGGUCGAAGCCGAGCUGAACGAAGAACCCGCACCUCCCAGCAACGCGAGGAGAGGAGUUGGAGAUCGCGAGAAGGCCAAGGAGAUGGCCUCGGCAAGAAAUGCGCGUCAGUUCUACGUGUUUCCCAACGAGUUCUUCCGGGAAACCUAUGUGGAACGCGCUCCGCAGGAAUCUCAGAAUGACAGAAACGAUCGAGCGAUCCGUCGUGUGGCCCACUGGUACCGGCGGCACAUCGUCGGUCCUGAGGUCCUUCUGCUUACCGAUGAUCGGGCCUGCAAAGCCAAAGCCGUCUCAGAUGGCCUCGUGGCCUUUCGGGCAGCUGAGUUUGUGGAGAGGAUGCGCGGGAAGUUCCCGGAAGCCGGCGAGAAGUUAGCCCUUCGAGAUGACGAGGACGAGGGCCCGGCGCCUGCUGCCGCGGCGGCCGCUGCCCAGGGCCGGGGCGUGAAGCGCAGCAGGGAGCCCUUGGUCAAGUCCACAGAUGGCUCGGUGUACCCGGCCCAUUUGAAGGCCAGCGAGGUCGAGCGGGGCUUAAAGGAGAGGCGCCUCUUUCAAGGCGUCUUGCGCAUGCACAUGAACACCUGCAUGCACGGCACGGUGACUUGCGGUGGAACGGAAGAGAUGGAGGUCUCGGGUCGGCUGGCGCUCAACCGGGCCAUUGACGGUGAUGUCGUCGUGGUCGAAAAAGUGGAGAGCGCCGAAGUGCUGGAGCGAGCUGACAAGCGCCUCCGCUUGGAGGUCGCAGACCCCGACUUUGGAGUCUCGGGCUCCGCCCCCUCUGCAGCAGACGAGAUCAAGGAGAUGCAAGCGCAGAAGGCCCAAGAAACGGGGCCCCAAACGUCCUCAGAUCGGCCCAAGGGCCGGGUGGUGGGGAUCCUGAAGCGCAACUGGCGCGAGUACUGCGGCACCUUGAGGCCCCUGCAUGCCGAGAGGCAGCAGGAGCAUGGGCCGGGUACCUACAACAAGUCCGAUCGCGUGUUCAUCCCAGCCGAUGCAAGGCUGCCCAAUAUCAUGAUUCAGACCCGGCACUCGGUGAAUUUGGACAACAAGCGCAUCGUUGUCGUGCUGGAUGGCUGGGACCGAUUCAGCCAUCAUCCGUCGGGACACUGGACCAAGAUUCUGGGAGACGUAGGGGACAGAUCCGUCGAGAGCAUGGUGAUCCUCCACGAGCAUGGCGUCAUUACCCGUGAGUUCAGCGAAGCGGUGUACCGCUGCCUCCCCGCCGCGGACUGGCAACCGGGCCCCGAGGAUCUGAAAGGCCGAGAAGAUCUUCGAGGCAUCUGUGUCUGCUCCGUGGACCCUCCCGGUUGCAAAGACAUCGAUGAUGCCGUAUCUUGCGAACCUUUGCCAAACGGCAACUACCGUGUUGGGGUCCACAUCGCGGAUGUCACACAUUUCGUGCACCCCGGAACGGCAAUCGACAACGAGGCGGCAGAGAGGUGCACCACAGUUUACCUCGUGGAACGACGCACGGAUAUGCUGCCAGGCUUGCUUACCACAGACAUCUGCUCUCUGCGGGCCCAGGUGGAGCGCCUGACUUUCUCUGUUCUCUGGGAGAUGACACCAGAAGCAGAAGUCGUCGACACCAAGUUCUGCAAGGCCAUCAUCAAGUCCCGGGCGGCCCUCUCCUACGCAGAGGCGCAGGGGCGGAUCGACGACCCCAAGGACAACUCGGAGAUCACCAGGAUCCUCAGGACGCUGCUGAAGCUCACGCGCCAGAUCCGGGCCCGGCGGGUGGAGAACGGGGCCCUGGAGUUGGCCUCCCAGGAGGUGCGCUUUGAGCUGGACAGCGAGACGCAGGAUCCCACGGAUGUCGCAGAGUACCAGCAGCGCGAGACCAACAAGCUGAUUGAGGACUGUCAGACUUUCCGUAGGUUUGAGCAAGGAGGGCGCAGUGGUCGCCCUGAUCUUUUGCCCAUGGAGGCCCUUCAUUCUGCACUGAAGCAGGGUGCCAUACAUGUCGGUGUUGUGCUCUUUGAUGACUACGAGAUGUUGGACGUUUAUGGCCCUUUAGAGCUGCUGGCAGGCUGUUCGGUUCUCCCAAGCGGACCAUCCCGUGGUAAGGUGAAGCUGUCCUUCGUUUCUUCAGAAACCUCCGGAGCUGUGAGGCCAAAGGACGGACCCUUGACCCUGACGGACAUGAACAUCAAUGAGACUGACUGCAAGUUCGACGUGCUCUUUAUUCCAGGCGGCAUGGGCACCCGCAGGUUAUCAAAGAACGCCGAGUUUCUUGCGAAGCUCGGAAGGCUUUCAGAGAAGGCCUCUCUUGUCAUGACGGUCUGCACGGGCUCCCUACUUCUGGCGGCCACCGGGCUUCUGGACGGCAAGUCGGCCACGACCAACAAGAUGGCCUUUGAGGAGAUCCAGAGAUCGCAUCCCAAGGUGGAGUGGAAGAGGUCGGCGCGCUGGUGCGUGGACGGCAAGUUUUACACCUCCUCCGGAGUCGCUGCAGGCAUUGAUCUCACGCACUUCUUCGUAGAAGAGCUCUUCGGCGCUAAAGUUGCAAAGCAGACCAGCAAGCUGGCGGAGUACGUGCACCAAAGCGAUCCCGAGAACGACCCCUUCACCAGUGUGGCGCCCUCCACGCCCCAAAGCAACCCCUUCGGCCGAACGCUCUCCCUGGUCCUGGUGGUCUACGACCAGUUUGAGAUGCUGGACACCUUUGGGCCCCUGGAGAUGUUCGCCAUGACCAACAAGAUCCUGGAGGCGGCGGGCCAGGUCCCCGCCUUCAAGCUGACCCUGGUCUCCGAGGACAAGAGGACCUCCUCCUUCGGGGGCCCGGUCUUCGAGUCGGAUGUGGUGGUCAGCAAAGGCGCGUCCUCCGAGCUGAGCUUCGAGGGCCCGCUUCCGGAGGAGAUCGACUUGCUCCUCCUGCCGGGGGGCAUCGGAACGCUGCGGGAGGUCCACAACCCGCUCUUCCAGAAGGCCAUCACGCACUUGGUGGGAAAAUCGCAGCGGGUCAUGACCGUGUGCACGGGCAGCGCCAUCCUGGCCUCGCAGGGCUUGCUGGACGGCAUCAAGGCCACCACGAACAAAAUCGCCUUCGACCUCAUGGCUCGAUUCGGGCCAUCGGCCCGCUGGGUGCCGGAGGCGCGUUGGGUCGCGGACGGGAAGUUUUGGACCUCCAGCGGGGUCUCGGCAGGCACGGACCUGUCUCUGGCAAUCAUUCGGGAGCUGUUGGGGCGAGAGACGGCUAUACAGGCCGCAACUCGAGCAGAAUACCUGUGGCAACCCGAUGACGAUGGCAGCCGCGAUCCAUUCACGGGGUGCAUCCCAAAGCAGACCUUUGGUCAACGACUGUUGACGGGCGUACAGAAGGCUGUGAUGCAAUUCGUUUUCUGUUUUGGCUUUGCGCUGGGCUGCAAGAUGCAGAUUACCCGCAAAGUCCAUCGCGACUGGGUGAGCUUGAACAUGCUGGGGCAACAUGGGGAUUGGGCACAUUUGAUCUCCGGCAAGCGGCCGGAUGCGGUGGCGACCAAGAUCCUGAACAGCUUCCCCAUGUUCGGAGUGCUUCGGAGGCAUCCGCCGCCGAAGGAUGACCAGCUGAAGGUCUUGCAGAGGCUGCUGGCAAAGAACGGCAUUCACGACUUUAACUUCGGCAGUAACAAGGAGCUCUCCGACUCACUGCAGAAGGCCGUGAAAGCCGAGGAUCCCUUCUUCAAUACUUUGGUCCGAAUCAUGACGACCAGGUGUAUGAACCAGGCCGUCUAUUUCUGCACGGGUGAAGUGCAGCCGGCGCUCUACAGCCACUACGGCCUGGCCAUGGAGCGCUACACGCACUUCACAUCGCCGAUCCGUCGCUACGCCGAUGUCUUGGCGCAUCGGUUGCUGGCCGCCUCCCUGGGACUGAUACCCUUGCCGGAGCAGCUGCAGUCCAAGGUGAAGCAUCGCAUGUCGCAGUUUGCUAGCCGAGCGUCGGCGGACUUGCACACUUUCAUGUUCUUCAACAAGAAGGGCCAGCAGUCCGCAGAGGCCGUGGUCACCCGAAUACGUCGAUCCGGGAUGCAGGUCAACGUGCCCCGUUACGGCAUCGAAGGCGUUGUGGCUGUGUCGGAGGAGGAGUGGGAGGUGCGUGAGGAGGAGCAGUGCAUCCUGAGCAAGAGCCAGGCAGGUCUCCGGAUUGACAUCUUCGCACACAUCAAGGUCAACAUCGAGUCCGACAACUCCGACUUCCGGAAUCGCACUCACAUCCGCUUCGACCGCGUCAUCCUGGACUCUGAACGCGAGCAGUACGCGACUGUGGAGGCCGCGAGGAAGCAGGUCCAGGAAGAGAUGUUCCCUGACUUGAUUGAGCGCGAGGCCAACUAA